UGGGGCUAUUACCCUCACCGGGGGAUGGGGUUCGCCAUCGUUAGUCCGCCAGUCUGGUUUGCACUGCGUUGAAGCCUUUGAUAUAUAAGAGUGGUCAAAGUGCCUUUGCAAACCGGCCUCCAUCCUCAUCCACCUCUCCUUCCGUGUCAGACCUUGUCAUACCCCUUUCCUUGUGAAAACCUCUCUUGACGGGCAAUGAAUACCUUCAUAUGCGCUGGUGUUGCGUGUGCGUUUCUUUUCCUCAUUGUUUCGAAGAUCCGAGAAACCCUCUUGUCCCGAUGGAUGCCGAAUCCAAGCCGGAAAGUAAACUGCAAUGACCUCAAACCAUACCCCGCUCAGCCCAUCAAGGGUCGGGAGCGAUAUCGGGUGAUGAUGGAUGUCCGCAGGUUGGAUGUGGCAAAUUGGCUCACUGUCGACAACAACUACAUGGCUGAGCAUGUUGUCCGGAGUCAGUUGCUGGAGAAAGAAAAGAGCAAAGUAUUGCAAUGCCUACCAGAGUCAUACGACGCGUGCAUGGAAGCAUUGGAGGAGGUGGUCGACUUUCUUUGCCAGCGGUUCCCGACGGUUUUUGAACGAAAAAGGUCCGGCGACGAGUGGACCAUCCACAACACGAUGACAGGGGAGAAUUUCACCUUUGGCGGGCAGAAUAAAGAAGUCGACCCGCUUGAGGUUGCCGUGAGGUUAACGAUGGAGGAUUUGAGCAUCCUCAUGAAGAAUGAGGAUGAUGAAUACUACCUAGCUGCCAGCGCAAGCCUUUUCCCUGUGGGAUGGACGGUACAAGAACGCAUUGGAUGGACCAUCUCCAAGCUUCAUAAUCCUGUACCCCUGUGGCACCAGCAAGUCGCUAACUCUGUUAGCAAAUUCCUCGCUCGCCUCACUCCGGAAUCACCGAUGGAGAGAUCCAACUACUUUGUGGAAGUAAAACGACCCGACGAGGAACUGUUCGAUAUCCUUUAUCGGCCAACUUCGUUGUCUGAAGACAAUCCAAAUCCUUUCCCGCAGGACAUUGUGAUUCGACGUGAGCGUCAGACGUUCCGUCGUUUGCCUCGGACGGGGACUAUUGUGUUUGGCGUCAAGACCUUCUUGACAACACUGGAGGAGCUGCCGAUGCAGGAGCUGCAAAAUCUAGCCAAGGAGAUUAAAAGUUGGCCCGAGUAUGUGGGAGAAUACAAAGGUCGAGAGGUCUGGGGACCCAAAGCACUCGAGUUCUGUGAGAAGAAAACUCGAAUGAUGGAGAAGCAGGAAGUUUAAUGGUGAGGAAGGAAGAAACCCGAACAAACAAACCUGGAAGAACGCAAACAAGAGCAUUGGUGGUCUUUUGCCAUUCCCAAAGCGCAUCCUUUCGUUGCAUUCUAUAGGGCGGCUGUUUGAUGAUUGCUUGCAAAAGUCACUGUCCUUCGCAUUGCAUCUGUACUUUUU